CAUUUUUGAGAGCGUUUAAUAAACAACGUUAAGAAAAUUAUAAAAUUCAGAGUUCAGUCAGUUCAGUGGUAGCUGAUUGUGUGGAGCAUUUCAUAAACGCCUUAAAAUUGCAAUAAAAAAUCAAAAGAUUUUUAAUUAAAAAAAAAAGAAAUAUGGCAGCUAAACCAAAUACCGAUGCCGAUAAAAGGAAACAAAUUAGUGUUCGCGGUAUUGCUCAAGUUGAAAAUGUCGGUGAAGUGAAAAAAUCCUUUAAUCGUCAUUUGCAUUACACAUUGGUAAAAGAUCGUAAUGUUGCAACAUUAAGAGAUUAUUAUUUUGCUCUUGCACAUACCGUCAAAGAUAAUUUGGUUUCAAGAUGGAUUAGAACUCAACAAAAUUGGUACGAAAAGGAUCCAAAACGUGUCUAUUAUCUUUCAUUGGAAUACUACAUGGGACGUUCUCUUCAAAAUACAAUGAUUAAUUUGGGUAUUCAAAGUACAUGCGAUGAAGCAAUGUAUCAAAUUGGUCUUGAUAUUGAAGAAUUAGAAGAUCUUGAAGAAGAUGCCGGCUUAGGUAAUGGUGGUUUAGGCCGUUUAGCUGCUUGUUUCUUAGAUUCAAUGGCUACAUUGGGUAUGGCAGCCUAUGGUUACGGUAUUCGUUAUGAAUAUGGUAUUUUUGCCCAAAAAAUCAAAAAUGGUGAACAAGUUGAAGAACCUGAUGAUUGGUUACGUUAUGGUAAUCCAUGGGAGAAAGCCCGUCCAGAAUUUAUGAUUCCAAUUCAAUUUUAUGGACGUGUCAUUGAUACACCUGAAGGUAAAAAAUGGGUUGACUGUCAAAUUGUAUAUGCCAUGCCAUACGAUAAUCCAAUUCCUGGUUAUGGUAAUAAUGUUGUUAACACAUUGAGAUUAUGGUCAGCUAAAUCACCAAUUGAUUUUAACUUGAAAUUCUUCAACGAUGGUGAUUACAUUCAAGCUGUAUUAGAUCGUAAUUUGGCUGAAAAUAUUUCUCGUGUCUUAUAUCCCAAUGACAAUUUCUUUGAGGGUAAAGAGCUUCGCUUGAAACAAGAAUAUUUCAUGGUUGCUGCAACCCUUCAUGAUAUUGUAAGACGUUACAAAUCAUCUAAAUUUGGAUCACGUGAUGCUGUCCGAACUGAUUUUAAACAUUUCCCAGACAAAGUUGCCAUCCAAUUAAAUGACACGCAUCCAUCUCUAGCUAUUCCAGAAUUGAUGCGUAUCUUAAUUGAUGAAGAAAAACUUUCCUGGGAAACAGCAUGGGAUAUUACAACUAGAACUUGCGCCUACACAAAUCACACUGUACUACCAGAGGCCUUAGAAAGAUGGCCUGUUUCAAUGUUAGAAUCAAUCUUACCACGUCACUUGCAAAUCAUUUAUCAUAUUAAUUUCUUACAUUUGGAAGAAGUUAAAAAGAAAUUCCCUGGUGACCUUGAUCGUAUGAGACGUAUGUCAUGCGUUGAAGAAGAUGGUGAAAAACGUAUCAAUAUGGCUACAUUAUCAAUUGUUGGUUCACAUGCUGUCAAUGGUGUUGCAGCCAUUCAUUCACAAAUUUUGAAAGAUGAACUCUUCCAUGACUUUUAUCUAAUGACACCAGAGAAAUUCCAAAAUAAAACUAAUGGUAUUACUCCACGUCGUUGGUUAUUGUUAUGUAAUCCAGGUUUAUCAGAUUUGAUUUGUGAAAAAAUUGGUGAAGAUUGGAUUGUUCAUUUAGAACAAUUGGCUUCACUUAAGAAAUGGGCAAAAGAUGCAACUUUCCAAAGAGCUGUAGCUAAAGUGAAGCAAGAAAAUAAAUUGAAAUUAACUGCACUUCUCGAAAAAGAAUAUGGAAUCAAAGUCAAUCCAGCUUCAAUGUUUGACAUUCAAGUAAAACGUAUUCAUGAAUACAAACGUCAAUUGUUGAACUGCUUACAUAUUAUCACUUUAUACAAUAGAAUUAAGAAAGAUCCUACAGCCAACUUUACACCACGUACAAUAAUGAUUGGUGGAAAAGCUGCUCCUGGUUACUAUAUGGCUAAGCAAAUUAUUAAAUUAGUUUGUGCUAUUGGCAAUGUUGUUAAUAAUGAUCCAAUUGUUGGAGAUAAACUUAAAGUUGUCUUCUUGGAAAAUUAUCGUGUAACUUUAGCUGAAAAAAUUAUGCCUGCUGCUGAUUUAUCAGAACAAAUUUCAACAGCUGGUACUGAAGCAUCUGGUACUGGUAACAUGAAAUUCCAGUUAAAUGGUGCCUUAACUAUUGGUACAUUAGAUGGUGCUAAUGUAGAAAUGGCUGAAGAAAUGGGUAAUGAAAAUAUUUUCAUUUUCGGCAUGACUGUUGAACAAGUCAAUGAAUUGAAAAAGAAAGGCUAUAACGCAUAUGAUUACUAUAAUUCUAAUCCAGAAAUUAAACAAUGUAUUGAUCAAAUUCAAGGUGGUUUCUUUAGUCCAGGAAAUCCAAAUGAAUUUAGAAAUAUUGCUGAUGUUUUAUUAAAAUACGAUCAUUAUUAUUUAUUGGCUGAUUAUGAAGCCUAUAUAAAAGCACAAGACUUAGUCUCAAAAACUUAUCAAGAUCAAUCUAAAUGGCUCGAAAUGUCCAUUAAUAACAUUGCAUCAAGUGGUAAAUUCUCAUCCGAUCGUACUAUUGCUGAAUAUGCUCGAGAAAUCUGGGGUGUUGAACCUUCUUGGGAUAAAUUACCUGCUCCUCAUGAACCAACUGUCUAAAGUUUUAUUAUUUAAUAAAUAUUAAUCAUCAUCAUUAUUUCAAAUUCUCAAUAUAAUAUAAAAUACAAAAGGAACCCAUUUAUACAAUCACUUUAAAAAUAACUACUACAUUAAAUAAAAAACUGUCUAAAUGUUAAAAUAACGCAUAAAUAGAUAUUAAGGAAAAAACAUAAUUAUUAAUAACAAAAGCACAAAAGUAUAAAACUUUGAAUCCUGUACAACUGCCAACAUUUUAAACUCUUUAAUAGAACAAACAAAAUCUUCUUUAAAAUAGAAAUAAUCUUAAAAUACAAUAAUCUUUUCUUAUGAGAAAAUCAAAGAAACUUUUUAUAUGAUAAUACUUUUGUGGAGUUCCUUGAUCUACAUGAUGUGUAGAUUUUGUUUUAUAUAUAAAUAAAAAAAUUCUCUUACAACUUUUUAUGCCAUCGAAAUAAUUACAUAAAUAACUUAUUCUUAGAAAAUUAAGUUGUAAAUAAGAAAUUUUAAUUCUCAUGUUGAACACAAAUAAAUUGAAAGAGUAAAACAAAAAUAUGCUAAAGUUUACAAGUAGUAGUUGAAUAUUAAAAUUGUGAAAUUUUGUUAAAUUUAAAUGAACCCAAUAAAAAUUAUUCUAGCUUUCAGUUCCUCCAGUAAUUGUUUUUAAAAAAAGUGUUGUCAAUUUCUAAGUUAUGAAAUUAAUCGCAAUUUUCGGAAUUUUUGCUCGCUAUUAAUUAGUUAUUAUUUUUAAAUAAAUGUAAAUAUUUAAAAAUAAUUGAAUUGGCAAAAAUUUUGUGUUUUUUUUCUUAAUCAUUGAAUCUAUCUAUUUUUUAUAUAAUAAAAUUAAUUUUUUAUUUUUUUUUUUUACAUUUUUGUUAUAUAAUAUAUUGUUAGUUAUUUUUAAUUAUUUACAAUUCAUAUAUGUAGUAGUAAAUAAAUAAAUUUGUUAAAUAACAAAAAAA